AUGGCGACGGCCACGGCAUCCGGGAACGGUGAUGCCAAUCUCUCCGUUGCCACAGCGGAACAAAGCUGUCAAGAGUGCCGGAGGCGCAAAGCGAAAUGCGACCGCUCGGUUCCCACGUGCGGACUGUGCCAUCAGUACCGGAGACAGUGCAUUUACGAGAAGCAUUCCCGGACGCCACUAACGAGGAAGCACCUUACGGAAGUUGAAGACCGUCUCGAGCGAGCCGAAGCCCUCAUUAAACGACUCAAACGAGACAAUGGAGACCCUCAUGCGAUCCAUGUGGCCCAGGCUGAGACUCGGCAACCUUUUCUUGCAGUCAACAGUAGUUCCAGCUUUGAUCUUCGUGGGACAGAUCCUGGGGCCCUGACUACAAACACAAAUGGCGCUAGUAUUACGGCCUCGUCACCGACGAUGACGGGUCUCCUGGCCGGGUCUCCACCCCAUCCAUCUACCAUGACCAGUCCCAGCGUGCACCACCACUCUCGUGUUGAGGACACAGCCAUUUCGCGACCUGGUCGAAGUGAUGGACCACGGCCAGACCGUGACAUUGCCCUGAGUGAGGUCGUAGAUCCCCGUCGAAAUGUCAACGCAAGGCCGGCUAGCAACCUGAGUCUCGCAGAAACGCCGCCACAAGAUGAUUUUGAAUGGGACGAGCAGGACAAUCCGGAACGCCUCGACGAGUAUCUCGGUGGCAUGUCAGCCGGCGUACAGAAUACUGAUCCCGUUCCAGAUGGCAUGGCGUCCCUGCCGGUCGGCGAGAAGGAGGCGGGUUAUCUAGGGGUCGCGUCAGGGGCCGCACUACUUCGCAUCAUAGAGCCCAGAAAGAUACGCAGGAACUCACGCUCGCGAACGCAUCGAAAUUCGUCGUCCUCGUGUACAACCCUGGGGAUUUGCUCCGCGCCGGAUCCAAAUCGACACAUCAGCGAUGCGAUGAUUGAUGCCUACUUCAGUCGAUACCAUCUAAGCUACCCCAUCAUACACGAGGCCACGUUUCGCGCGCAGUAUGCAGAGGUCAUCCCGCAGCCCCAUGGCAAGUGCUGGCAGAUCCUGGCCUACACCAUCGCCGCCAUCGGCGUGUAUACAUCUUCCGACACGGCGAGUAACAGCCUGGACUUGGACCUCUUUGCCCACGCACGCUCGAUGCUUUCGUUUGAUCAUCUCGAGCUCGGAAAUCUUACGCUCGUCCAGGCGCUUACCCUCAUCUCUAACUACCAGCAGAAGAGGGACAAGCCCAAUUCGGGCUACAAUUAUCUUGGUCUGGCCGUACGUAUGGCGACAGGCUUGGGCUUGCACAAGGAAUUCGCAGGCUGGAAGAUCUCGCCGUUGCAGAUGGAGAUCCGGCGACGAGUCUGGUGGUCGUUAUGCGUCUUCGAUGUAGGCGCAACCAUCACCUUCAGUCGUCCCACAGUGUGGCCUUACGAAGGCGUCGAAGUAGCGUUUCCGCUGAACGUCACUGAUCGAGACCUGACUGCCAACUCAAAAUCGUAUCCCAAGGAACGAGAGACUAUAACACCAUAUACAUCGGUCGGGCUUCAAGCCAAGUUCCAUGUCGCGACGAACCGAAUCUACUCGAGGGUAAUAUCGAAGCCUUUCGCGACAGCCGAGGAGCUCAGGAAUCUGGAGAAUGACCUCCUGGCGCCUUGGCUGGCCAAACUUCCGGAGUGGUUCCGCGAGGACUCCGUAGUUGAGCCUCGCUACGCCCUCGCUCACGCCGUGAUGCAGUGGCGCUAUCGAAAUUUUCGCAUCAUCAUGUACCGACCGUUCGUGAUACGGAUGGCACUGGCCACCAGCCGAAAUGGGCGGAUGAUCGACAAUGCGCCGGCUGCAGAAGUCCACGCAUACAAUCAGUGCCUAGCAGACGCCGAUAUCACUAUUAAGUCAAUUAGCAAAUACUGGGCGACAAAUGAACACAAUAGGCUGGCGGCCUGGUACGCCUUAUACUUCCUCUUUCAGGCGGCCCUGAUACCCUGCAUCUGCCUUCGAAACAUGCCCUUGUCUCCGGACGCACCAAGUUGGUGUGACCAAGUCACGCUGACAUUAAGGACGAUCCGGACCUUGGCACCCGUCAAUGCGAGCUGCAGCAGUUGUCACGAUGUCAUUGUCGAUCUGUGUAGACGAUAUCUCAACUUGAGUGCUGCCAAUGCCGGUGCAGAUCCGCCAGUGAAUUCCGAAACGGGGGGAGACUCGCGUUACAAUCAAGGCGGACUCGGAGACAGGCAUGAGGUCAAUAGUCGACAAGCAUUUUCAACGCGAACAUCAGACCCCUUGGGAGACGGGAACCAGCAACAUCAGUUAUUGGGGCCUAUCGAUGAGAGUCCGCAGACCCAGAUCAAUCAGGUUUUCCCUAUGAUGUGGCCGAACGUGAAUGCUUUGGAGGCAGCUGGUGAAGUUCUGGGAAAUGACGCCUGGCAGCAGUCCAACAAUUACACUACUGUCAACACUUGCAGAAGCCCGCAAUCUACCAGACGCCAAAGCUACGAAGUAUCGACACUAUUCAUCAACAUGGCUACAGAGAACUCAACGGCUGUCGAAUCACAGAUCCUGAACGGCCCAACCCCGCCUUCAGCCUCCGCAAGGUUGAUCGACUUCAAACAGACGAAUUUGGGACUAUACGAAGACUUCUUCGCGAUGGUGAUCGACGACCUCGUCACACCUCACGAAUGUGCAGCCCUCCUCUCUGUUGUCAAGCCCGCCGCCGACAAGCCCUGGCCGCCUGCGACGAUCACGGCAUACAACGGGACCCAAUUUCUGGAUUUAAUGUCGCGGAACUGCGGCCGUAUCAUUUACGAGUCCCGAACACUGGCAGACGCGCUGCUGGGCCGCAUUUUGCCUCACAUCCCACCCGCGGUGGUGACUCUGAACAAUGCGCCUGACAUCACUGGUCAGACAGCUGUGGUGAACAAGGAGACCUGGAAGAUCGCGCGGCUGGACAGCGCACUGCGGUUCCUCAAGUACGAACCAGGACAGUACUUCAGUCCGCACUGUGAUGGACAUUACAUCGGCAAGGACAGGGCGGAGAAGAGCUUCUUGACGGUACAUUUGUAUCUCAAUGGUGGGGGCCCGGAUGAUGAGGAGAUCGAAGGAGGGGCUACGAGCUUUGGUAUUGAUUUCGAAAAUCCUAAGGAAGACAAGCUAAACAUAGACCCGAAAAGAGGGAGCGUAUUGAUAUUCCAACAAAGAGACAUGUAUCAUGAGGGAGUAGAAGUACGGAAGGGAACCAAGUACACCCUUAGGACAGAUGUUAUAUACGAGAAAUUGUAA